AUGGAUAGGAUCAGAGCUCCAGCUAUAUUGUCCCAAAGGAAGAGACAGAAAGGGAUGCGUUCCCCAAACCUUUCCUGCAGUUAUGAAAUAAAGUUCAAUAAGUUUGUCAUUUUUAUUAUGCAGAGGAAGAUGGGGAUGACCAGAAGGACAUUUUUGAUGGAGCUGGCAAGAAGAAAAGGUUUCCGAGUAGAAAGUGAACUAAGUGACACUGUCACUCAUAUUGUGGCCGAGAACAACUCUUACCUGGAGGUGCUGGACUGGCUGAGAGGACAGGCUGUGGGUGACAGCUCCAGGUUUGAACUACUGGAUAUCUCCUGGUUAACAGCCUGCAUGGAAGCAGGAAGACCAGUUGAUUCAGAAAUGAAGUAUCGUCUCAUGGAACAAGAUCAGUCUCUUCCUUUGAAUACACCUGAAUCAGAAGUGCCAUCAUUUAUUGCAAGCAAAGUAUCUCAGUAUUCGUGUCAAAGGAAGACAACUUUAAAUAACUACAACAAGAAGUUCACGGAUGCCCUUGAGAUAAUGGCUGAAAAUUAUGAGUUCAAAGAAAAUGAAAUAUUCUGCCUGGAAUUCCUGAGAGCAGCUUCUGUGCUGAAAUUUCUUCCAUUUCCAGUAACCAGAAUGAAAGAUAUACAAGGGUUGCCCUGCAUGGGAGACCGAGUCAGAGAUGUCAUUGAGGAGAUUAUUGAAGAAGGAGAGAGUUCUAGAGCUAAAGAAGUGUUAAAUGAUGAACGACACAAAUCAUUUAAGCUGUUUACCUCGGUCUUUGGAGUGGGAGUGAAGACAUCUGAGAAAUGGUACAGAAUGGGUUUACGAACUCUGGAAGAGGUAAAAGCUGACAAGACCCUGAAGCUGUCAAAAAUGCAGAAAGCAGGGUUUCUCUACUAUGAGGACCUUGUUAGCUGUGUAUCUAAGGCAGAAGCGGAUGCAGUAAGCUUGAUUGUCAAGAAUACUGUGUGUACGUUUCUACCAGAUGCUUUAGUUACCAUAACUGGUGGUUUCAGGAGGGGUAAGAAGAUUGGACAUGAUAUAGAUUUUUUGAUCACCAAUCCAGGACCAAAAGAAGAUGAUGAACUUCUGCAUAAAGUUGUUGACUUAUGGAAAAAGCAGGGCUUACUUCUAUAUUGUGAUAUCAUUGAAUCAACAUUUGUAAAGGAACAGCUACCAAGCAGAAAAGUUGAUGCCAUGGAUCAUUUUCAGAAGUGUUUUGCAAUUUUAAAAUUGUAUCAGCCAAGAGUAGACAACAGCAGUUACAACGUGUCAAAAAAAUUUGAUAUGGCAGAAGUCAAAGACUGGAAGGCAAUCCGUGUGGAUCUGGUCAUAACUCCCUUUGAGCAAUAUGCGUAUGCUCUUUUAGGCUGGACAGGCUCCAGGCAAUUUGGACGUGAUUUGCGGAGGUAUGCUACUCACGAAAGGAAGAUGAUAUUGGAUAACCAUUCCUUAUAUGACAGGAGAAAGAGGAUCUUUCUCAAAGCUGGAAGUGAGGAAGAAAUCUUUGCACAUCUUGGCUUGGACUAUGUCGAACCAGGGGAAAGGAAUGCUUAAAAUGAUUUGCCAGUGUACAUUCAUCAGUUGACAGCAAUGGUCUUUCUACCUACCUUGUGGUCUGAUUUAGAUAUAUAUAUAUGUAUAAAAAAAAUACUUGUUUCUAUGAAAACUAAAAAAUUUUAAAUAUAUAUUAGUUAGAAGCCAUUAUACGUGCUAGAAAAGAAGAGUAUAAGUUCUUCGGAAUCCUUUCCAAUGUUUUCCAUUUUAUUUUUUGAAGUUUCUACAUGGGAGUGACAAGAUAGAGCUUGUUUUGGGGGGGGAACUUGAAGCUGGUGAGAUUUUUGCUUGUGAUAGGAAUUUAACAUUCCUGUGAACAAUACUUGCUUGUUAAAAUGCUGUCAGAUAUGACAAUACCUAAAUAAUACAAAAUAUUUGAGCUGAGUCCAAAAAUUACUGAAAUGCAUGCUUAUCUUUAACUGAAUUUCUUAAGUAUUUUGCUGAAUCCAUAUAUAAAAUUGCUACUGUAUAUAAGGCUUAAUGACCUAGGCAGUAAUUAGUCUGGCAGUCUCAGCAAGUUGAGGCUUGAAUUGUAAUAUUUUUCCAGGUAGGGUACCACGCUACAAAAACUGUAAACAAAUAGAGAAUUCAGUGAGAGUUAAAAAAUGUUUCACAAGAAGGGAAAGAAAAAGUGGAAUAACUCAGUAUCAAUCUUCAAUUGUGAGGAAAAAAUACUAUAAAUUUGGAGUACUCAUUUGGGCUAAAGAAGAUUCAGGUUGUGUGAUGUGAUGGUCCUCAUUCAGGAAUUUGAACCAUAACCUGCAUGAAAACAGCUGCUUUAACUGUUAGGCUGGUGCCUGCUCCAAGUUGAAAGCUUUUAAUUGUCUAUGCUCAAUUUAUAUAGAUGGAAAUUUAUUUAUUAGUAUAUAUAUGCGCAUUGGGAUGGAAGUUUACCUGAACUGUCUGGCUAUUGGCUGCUCUAGAAUGGUAUUCCCUCUUUUUGGUCAGAAAUUCAUCUUGGAUGUGAGAGACUUUCUGAUAAAAGUAAUCCUAUGAGAUGUUUUGGUUUCAGAAAAUUUCCAGGUAGCUCUUGUGACUGUAAUGAUAAUGAAGAAUUUGUAAUACAUUUAUUCUUUAAUGAACAAGGGCAUUUAGUGCUUUAGGACAUGAAGUUACUUACUGACCAUUCAUUUGUCAUUUGUAGAAUAAAGGUGAUUAAGAACACCAAGACUGGUCAAAAAAAUUUCUUUCUUAAAAGUCUGAACUUUAUUUUCUCUGUUAAGGCUGAUUUCACACCUUGGCAUGACAGGGGGAGAAUGGCAGUGACAGGGCUGAGCACAAAAAUUAUUACUGACAGCAAUGGCGUCCCAUAUUCAAAUGAUGGCAAUAUUCCGUGGCAACAUAGACUUGAAGGUUCUACUCAUGCAUAAAAACAUAUGCCAAGGUUUAGAAAUACAGUGCUUAACUACAGGAUGAAUGACUUGAAGUGCAAGUGCCAAAGCUAUUGCUGGUAAGAGAAAAUUAAAUAGGAACUUCUGAGAAACUGCUUCCCCAAAGGAUGAUUUGCCUGGUACAGCAGACAGGAUAGUACAAGUAUUAACGAAACUUCCAAUGUACAGUUUUAUAUGCAAUCACCUAUUUCUGGUUGUUAAAAUAGGUAGUAGCUGUAUUUUUGUGAAAUGCAUUCAUUAUCAUGGUUAGACUCAGUACUAUAAAAACACUUUGAAAAUAUGAGUUCACAUUAAAUUCUAUUUAUUUGUUGCCCAGAUCUUUUAGGAUACAGUUUAUGCACCCCACAUUCUAUCUCCUCUACUGUAUUCAAGAAAAAAUACUCUCGUCAGUUUAAUGCAUUUAUUCACCAGGCUAAAAUGUUACAGGAUUAGGCACAAAAGUGAUUGUAGGAAAAUGAAGACUAUUUCAGAGCAAAGGUUCAGUUUUUGUUACAAGGAUCUCAUUCUAUACAUACACCCAUCUAUCUCACAGGUAGUGGGUAG